AUGAUAGAAAGUGACCCAGGCAGAGAUGAAGAAGAAGAGGGGAGGAAGAGCGAGGCGCAUUCAUCGGAUGGCGAAUCCAGCGACGCCAGUUUUGGCCCCGCCCCGUUGGAGGCCUCCAGUCCUCAUGAAGAGGCGGCACAGGAAGAAGAACAAGAAGAGGAAGAUGGAACUUCGGAUGAGGACGCUGAAAUGACGGCGCAGCCAGGCCCACGUGCGCCAGGCAAGAGACAAAGCAACCCGGUAACCAGGGGCACGAAGAAAAAACGAAUAAACAACGACAUAUACUUAAAGAACCUACCAACGAACAAGAACUACCAAGUGAGCUACAUGCACACUGACGUGGUGACACAUGUCCUUGUCAGCAAUAAAAAAAAAUACAUAAUAACUGGAAGCGCAAAUGGAGUAGUAAAAUUCUGGUACAAAAAUGUGGGCUCCAUAGAAUUUGUAAAGCAUUUUAAAAUUCAUUUGAAUGAAAUUAUUUGUUUAUUCCUUUCGGAAGAUGAGGAAGUGAUGGGUAGUUUAUCCAAAGAUAAGACGUACAAACAAUUUGAUGUGAGUAGUUUCGACAUGAACAUUAUAAUAAAGUUAGACUUCUCUCCUCAGACGGGAGAAUUUGUGUAUUCCUCUCUCUUCUCUCCAUCAGUGAAAGUAGCCAUUUCGUCUAGCGAAAAGGCGUGCAUAUAUAUUUACAAGCCUUUAGAGAGUGAUGUCUGUACACAGGUAAUAAACUUUAGUUCCAAUGUGAUAGAAAUUAUUAAGUACAACAAGGAGUAUGAUUUGUGUGUGCUUAGCGAUAAUAGUGGUCUCAUUGACAUAGUGGAUGUCGACACUUUUCACUUUCCCAAGGGAAGUACACAUAGGGGGGGUAAGGGCCAUCACGCAAGGGGUAGACCCAAUCGGGAUAGCCAGAGCGAAGAUGAUUAUGAUGAUAAUGAUGAUGAUGGUGGUGACGCCCCCCGAUAUAGAAAAGGGUACCAUUUGACGAAGAAGCAACUGAGUUUUUCCUUCAAAAGUGAAACAGACCUAUACGAACUGUGCAAAUACAAAACGUACGCACUAUGUGUGAGCAUAAGCCCCGAUGGAGAGUUCAUGGCGAUCAUGUCGGAAAAUUACUUUCUGCUUAUCUACAAAUUUGCCACCAUGAAGUUGUACAGAGUGUACGAUGAAAGUACAGAGAUGUAUUUAACUGCCCAAAACGACCCCCUGAAAAAGGACCUACACAUUGAUAGCCUAGAUUUUGGAAAAAGACUCUUCAUAGAGAAGGAAAUAAAAAAACACAUUAAAAGUAAAAACAUCAAAUUAAAUAUGAUGAUAUUUGAUGAAUCCAAUCAAUACAUUAUUUAUUCGACCUUUAUCGGAAUUAAGGUCGUCAAUUUUGUUAGUAACCAAUUGUGCUACAUCAUUGGGAAAAACGAAAUGAAUCUGAGGUACCUGUCCCUUGGGCUUUAUCAAAAAAUUAUCUCAGCAAAUAAAACUAGGGCAAAUAUUCACGAGUCACUCUACAUCAAUGAUGAAAAUAUCUCCGACUGUGCUCUUUUCUGCACGGUGUACAAAAAGGCGCGCUUCUACGUCUUCACCAAAAAGACCAUAUCAGAACAGGAACUGGACGAUAGAGAUAUUUACAACGAACAACCAAGCAAAAAUGAUUUGGACUCUUUUUUUUCUUCACCUAUUAAAAAGGUAGAAGGUAACAACAGGACGUAUAAAAGUGCAAUAAUUUAUACAACCCUUGGAGAAAUACACAUUGCUCUCUUUCACAAAGAAUGCAAAAAAACAGUUGAAAAUUUUUCUAUUCAUUCUACAAAUGGAUACUACAAUAACUGCAUAUUCCAUCGUGUUAUCAAAAAUUUUAUGAUACAAACUGGAGACCCCUUGGGAGAUGGAACUGGUGGGGAAAGCAUUUGGGGCAAGGAAUUUGAGGACGAAUUUUUUGACCAUCUGAAUCACUCUAAACCCUUUAUGGUGUCCAUGGCAAACUGUGGGCCCAAUACCAAUGGCUCCCAGUUUUUUAUAACCACUGUUCCGUGCCCUUGGCUUGACUUCAAACACACUGUAUUUGGAAAAGUCACCCAGGGGACCAAAGUUGUCUUAGACAUAGAGAAAGUGCGCACAGACAAAAGGGACAAGCCCCUCGAGGAUAUCAAAAUUUUGAACAUCAAAAUGUGCCAUUAG